CUGGCUGCGGACCGGGAUGCGCGGCUCGGGGCGCGCGGGCCACGGCGGCGGCCUGCGCAGGUACAACUAUGGAAGAACUGGAAAGGCUCAACAAAGAAAUUGAAUCUGUCAAGACUGAAGUUGAAGAAAAGCAGGAGAGGUUCUCCAAGUUAACUUUAACACUUGAAGAGCUAUCUCGAAGCCACAUCGCCUCCUGGAGUUACAAAAAUAUGAGGCAAGAUGUUCUUGAAUAUAAUAGCCUACUUCCAAAGCAGAAGUGGAAUGAACCAUCAAAGAACGAAGAGAGUCAGCCUAGAAAGUAUGUGCUGGACCACAAAUGUCCGGCAACGGAUCUAGAAUAUGAUCCCUUGCUCAAUUAUUCUGCAGGGCUGCUUGGGGCAUCGAAAGCAGGGCAAGAUAAGACUGAUACACAACACCUCUGCACCUGGAAAAAAUCUGUGGGUGAAAAUUGCCACAAGCCCCAGGAGAGCCAAAGACCUUAUGUUUCACCAAUAAGAAUUAUGAUAAAUCUUCAAGAAUCUGAUGAAGAUGACCUUGUAAUGGAUGUACCUCCAAUCAUGCCUAUUGCUAAGAAAUCUAAACCAUUGAGAGGCUUCAAAUAUCAGAAUAUAAACGAAAGACUACAUAUAAUGUCCUCAGAGGAGAGAAAUCUUCAAAUAAGUGGCACCGAAGAGGAAAAAAUAGAUAAAACCCAACCAACCACACUGAUAGUUGAUGAUGCUAACAAAUCAGAACCACCAGAAUUGCUCAUGCAAAACUCCCUGGUUAAAAAAAGUAACAUAAACUUGUAUGGUGUUAAAAACCACAUGUCUGAGAUGGGAAGCUUUGGUGGUGAGAGAAACUAUGUCUGUAUUUCAGAAGAAAGUAUAUCUUGUGCACCUCUCAGUGACAGAGAAAUACGGAACAGAAUCCAUGAUGAUAAUUACCCACAGAGUAAAAAAUACAUAAAAACAAUUUAUGAUUCUCAGAAUGAAGAAAGUGAAUGUCGUUACUCAAGCCAGCCCCAAAUCUCUUCCCCGGAUGAGCAUGCAGAAGACAAAGUGCUGAGAGAACAAGAUGAUAGUCAAGACUUCACUACUUUUGACCACAAGUUAGUUGAAUUUGAUUUUGAUAAGGAACAUACUGAAGAGGACACUCCCUCUGAUUAUGAUGACACGAUGAAGGAAUGUCUUCAGAUUUUCACUGAGUUCACAGAAAGUGAAGCUUGUAGAGAGACUACUAAACAGGCUUCAGGAAAGCAAAUGGAAUUAGAGAUGUUGUAUUGUCAAAACACUUCUGGACCAAAAAAGAGAAUUGCACAUAUUGCCAAGUUUGAUAUGCCAAAAUACAGGGUGGCUCAUCGCAAGCGGGCUUUGGUCACACCAGAAUCCUCUUCCAAAAUCCCUGAGGAAGUGAGACAACACUAUGUCAACCUCUUUGUUGAGAAGUAUUUGAGAGUUUAUAAAACAGAGGAUGAGGCUCUUCACAAGGCUAAAAUAGAAGAAAAGGCCAUUUAUGAACGCUGUGGCAGUAGAAAUAUGUAUGUGAACAUAGCAAUAAAUACUCUUAGGAAGCUGAGACAUCAAGAUAUGUCUGGAAGCAGGAACAACAGCAAAACAACUGGAUUGAAAAAGAAUGAAAAGAAUAGUGCCCUCACAGGAAUUACUCUCUACAGACAUCUGAAAGACUAUCUUCUAAGUAAAGAACAGUUACAUGAAAAUAAUUAUCCCCAACCCAACCCUGAGAAACUGGGAAGUAUUCUUUUAACCACAGGCAUGACGAAAGCUCUUGUAAAUGACACUUCAAGGAAGAUAUGCUGUCGUUGUGGGAAAAUAUAUGGUGUGACAUCCACGGGCAAACACAGCAGGGUAGAAGAAUGUAACUACCACUUCGGCCCUGUGCUGAGUCGUAAAGUCCUCGGUGGCUUAGAAACACGGUACAGCUGUUGUGGAGGUGUCCUUGGAUCUGCUGGGUGUCAGGUCGCCAAGCUUCACGUUCAUGACCAAAAAGAAAACAUCAAGGGAUUUGUGAAGACUUUUGUCAAGUCCUCUCCUCCUGAUGGCAAUCCCGGCGUAUUUGCUGUGAAUUGUGAGGUGUGCUAUACAGCCAAAGGUUUGGAACUUACUCAAGUGACAGUGGUUGAUCCCAGCCUCCAGGUGGUCUACGAUACAUUUGUGAAACCAGAUGAUGAAGUCAUUGACUAUAACACCAGGUUGUCUGGUGUGGUGGAAGAUGACUUGAAGAACACUAAAACAUCAAUCCGUGACGUCCAAGCCAUUCUGUUGAACCUGUUCAGUGCUGACACUGUACUAAUUGGACAUAGCUUUGAACAUAGUCUGUAUGCUCUUAAGUUAAUUCAUUCUUCAGUUGUGGACACGACAAUUCUGUUUCCUCAUCGGCUAGGCUUGCCUCACAAAAGAUCCCUCAAGAGUCUAGUAGCUGACUACCUGCAGAGAAUCAUUCAGGAUGAUGAUCACAACAAUUCAAGUGAAAAUGCAACAGCCUGCAUGGAACUGGUUCUUUGGAAGGUAAAAGAAGACCUGAAAGGAAAGAAGUAAUCACUUUGCCUGAGAAAUAUCUUAAAUCCCUGCAUUGUUGUUUCAGUGAUACCUCUGCUGCUGGCAGUAGAGUUUGGUCUAGGAUGAAGUUUCCUGACCUUUUUCUUCAAGGAGGAGAAAUAAAAGUGCUAUUGAGGUUUAUUAUAUUUUCAAGGUUAAAUUUCCAGUUUAUUUAAAAAGUUGUGAUUGAAGUAUGGGGGAGGGAGCAGUUAGUGGGGAGGAAUUAAGUUGGUUUGGUUUGAAUUUUUGACUCCUCUUCAUAGAUAGCAUGUUCCAAUGGAACGUGGAAUUAGUGGGUCUGUGACUCCCAUAAAGGGUCACGUCUCAGGUUAUGUACAUUUCUUUUUCUCUCCAAAUAUCUGAAUCCAUCUUUAACAAUUUUUUUUAGAUUUCAUAUAUAAAUAGAAGAGAUGUUCCUCACAAAGCAAAUGUAAACUUUUCAGUGUACUCUGUUAACAUAAAGAAUUUGGUCAUAUGGCUAUUAUGUAAUGUGUUUUUAUUCUAACCGGUGUAUUGUUACUGAUUUUUUUUUUAAGGCAGUAUCCUGUGGAUCUUCUAAACACACUAACCUGUAUUCGUAACACCUGAAUUGUCUAAUUCCUUUGAGGAGUUGGCUCCAUCUUUCUAAAUUGCUUUCUCAUAAUGUGGAAAUGACAUGACUUUAUUCAGUUUGAUUCCCCUUAAUAUGAAUCUUCAAUAUUAAUGUUGCUAACAUGCUACAAAAUUACAAAGGUUUCAUUGCCAAUAGUACAGGUGAGUCAGAAAAUCACUAGGAAGGCCUCUGUGCCAGAAGGACAUCAGUUACUCUCUGACUGUUGCUUGUGAGGAUAUGCACUCAAACAUCAGUUUUGCUGCCUUGGUAUUGGGUGUUACAAGUAAAUCGUAAUCAUCUUUUUCUUGCUGUCCCACGUUUGCCUUAGUGUCGUGUACUUGAUGUGAAAUAAAAUAAUUUAAAUUUAGAUAAUUAUGAAUCUAGUAUAUAAUUAAGGUCUAACUGUUAUGGGGGGGGAACCUUAAUGUUUGUUCCAAAACCAUAUGUAAAAUUUAAAAAGAUUUUCUGCGUUUUCAGAUUAUCUUUGUUCUUGUUCAGUUUCAUGUACUUUCAAACUAAGAGCUGUUAGCAGUAUCUCUACAGCAUUUGGAUAAAAAGCAAAAUGAACUAUUGUAGAUAUUUGAACCUAUUUUUAAGGGCUCCUCAUUGAGUUUCCACUCAGUUGAUUCAGCCUUGCUUAUGCUGUCUCCACUUGAAUAUGCUAUUGUGAAUAAAGCAUCCUGGCUAUUGUUUCUGAACGCAUAAUGUGGAGUUAGUGGCAGGAAUGGGAACUUUAUGCGGUAUGUUGAACUAUUAAAAGAGAUUCCAGUUCUAAGCCCUCACAUCAUAUUGGAGAACUAUGAGAGAAAAGUGGACUCGAUGUUUCCAAUCU